AUGGCACUUGGAAAUUGGUUGGUUUGUCACCAAACAUUAAACCUAUUAGAAGCAGACUUUUACAAUUGGAACCGGGUGAAACUGAGAUACUGUGAUGGAGCUUCAUUUACUGGAAACCGAAUCUUCAAAAAUGAGACAACAACGCUUUACUUCAAAGGGCAAAAGAUUUGGGAAGCCAUUAUUGAGGAUCUUCUACCAAAAGGUUUAGGAAAAGCAUACAAGGCAUUGCUUUCUGGCUGUUCAGCAGGAGGUUUAGCCACCUUUCACCAUUGUGACAACUUCACUAAGUAUUUGCCAACAAAUGCUUCUGUUAAAUGCUUGAGUGAUGCAGGUUUUUUCCUCGAUGAAAGAGAUGUCAGUUUGAAUCACACUAUGAGGUACUUUUUCAAAAGUCUAGUUACAUUGCAGGGAAUAGAGCAGAACCUUAAUGAAAACUGCACGAGUGCGCUUUCGGAUCCAGACUUGUGCUUCUUUCCGCAAUAUGCGUUGAAAUAUAUAUCAACGCCGUAUUUUAUCUUGAACUCUGCCUAUGAUGUAUUCCAAUUUCAUCAUAUAUUGGCGCCACCUUCAGCUGAUCCCCUCGGGUACUGGAGUCACUGCAGGGUGAACAAAUCGGCAUGCACACCAGCCCAAAUUAAUACAUUGCAAGGUUUUAGGCUCAGCAUGCUAGCAGCUUUGAAACCGUUCUACUUUUAUUCGAAAAGAGGGGGAAUGUUCAUAAAUUCAUGUUUUGCUCAUUGCCAAAGUGAAUCGCAAGAAACAUGGUUUGGAGACGAUUCUCCUAGAAUAAACAAAAAGACUAUUCCCAGAAGCAGUUGGUGACUGGUAUUUUAGUAGAAACAGAAGCAAGCAAAUAGACUGUCCGUAUCCGUGUGAUAAAACUUGUCGUAACUUAAUACCAUAAGCUCAGGUAAUGAGUUAUAUAUAGAGAGAGAAUGCUAGGACGAUAGAAAAAUCAUGAUAAAGAAAUGAGAAAGAGAAAUUGUGAUUGGAAUGAUACUUUUUAAUGGUGUUAUAGUUAAAUAUGAGAAAUUGUUGUCGGGGUUUUCUGUUUUGGGAAGAAAAUGGAGCUAGUAGUUUAGCGGUUCCUUUCUAUAAAUGAUUAGAUAAUGCUUCUAGAUGGU